CUCGCUAUAUAACCAGUACAGAUUUUGGAAUCUGCACUUUAACCAUUAACGGUAUUUUCCCUGAAGAUGCCGGUCGUAUAACUUGUCUAAUUACAAAUGAAAGUGGUACUUGUCAAACUACUGCAAUGCUGAGCUGUCUGUCUAAAGGCACAGUCAUUCUUGAAACUCAACUACCGGAAGAAAUGCAGGGAAUUCAGAAAACGCUUGCCUAUGAAGAGGCUUUAAGAGAAGGAACAUUGGCCACGGAGGAUGAAGCAUCGGAAGAGGAUGAACCCGCCGAGCCAGUCUUUGUGAAGGUCCCAGAAGAGGUGAAGUGUGUUGAAGGAGGACCAGCUCGCUUCUCAUGCCGUCUUACUGGUUAUCCACUUCCAAGAGUGUCAUGGUACAAAGAUGGUGUACAGCUCAUAGCUAGUUCAAGAGUAAAAAUAUCCUUUGAUGGAUUACAUCAUCUUGAGAUUCCAAAGACAAGGCCAUAUGAUACUGGAGAAAUCAAGGUUGAAGCUAAGAACAAAUACGGUCAAGUCAACUACAUCACAAAAUUGCAAGUCCUGCGAAGGGAAGACUUCAAUAUACAAUUACGGCCAGCGUCAAGAGAGGAACGAACUAAAAUUCAAACUCAAUUUGAAGAGCAACGGCUUGCUGCAAAGGUAGGCAAGCCAGCCACAGAACAUGAAAGAAUGGUUCCACCACAUGCUGUCAAGCAAAAAGCCAUUCAAGAGGAAUUUAAACCACUUGUACAAGCUGAACUAAUUACAAUGAUGGAAGCUGAGCCUGUAGAAGUAACAGAUGCAGUCACUGUGAUACGAGAGCCCGUAAUAGAGCAGCAGCCAAGCACUGUUUCUCUGCCUGUCUUUAGUAAUGAGUUAAAAAACAAGGUUGCCAUUGAGGGAACACCAGUGAUAUUUGAAGUUAGGUUUACUGGAAAUUACGAGACCACUGUACGAUGGUUUAAAGAUGGUGUGGAUGUGCAUAUGAAUCCAGAUUACAGCAUCACUGUGACAGAAGAUACCAGCAAGCUGACCAUACUAGAAUCAUUUACUGACGAUACUGGAAUGUUCUCCGUUGAACUUGGCAAUGCCGCAGGGACAGUGAAGAGUGAAGCUCAACUCAUUAUACAAGAAGCAGUACUUGAGGAAGAUGAUUCAGAACCUGUGGUAACCGAAACAGCUCCUAAGUUGCUAACAGCACCACAAGAGACCUUCGUAGGAACCUGUGGAGAGCCAAUCAAAAUUGUCAUCAAAAUUGAAUCUGAACCAAAGUCACAAGUUACAUGGUUCAAGGGAGAACACAAGUUGGUACCCACUAUUCGGCAGAAGAUGCUUGAAGAUGAUAAUGUGUUCACGUUGCUUAUAUUGGAUGUAAAACCAGAAGAUGCCGGUACUUACUAUUGUGAGGCAUUCAAUUCAAGUGGAGUUUGCCGCACUGAAAUAAAUGUUGUUGUACCAGCAAGCUCAGGUGCUCCAGAAUUGGUAUCACCAAUGGAAAAUGUUGAAGUAGAGGAAGGCUGCCCCAUAGAGAUAGAAUGCCAUGCUGUCAGCAAAACAGAGCCAACUGUUACUUGGUUUUUGGAUAAAGCUAUCAUCAAACCAUCUAAAUAUUUUCAAAUGUUCUAUGAAGAUGGAGUUGCAAAACUUUACAUCAAUGAAGUUUUUCCUGAAGAUGAGGGACUUUACACUUGUGAAGUUGAAAAUGACUUUGGAAAAGUUUCGAGCAGUGCAAGGUUGCGUGUAAAAGGUAUGUUCUAUGAUGCAGAAUACUAUGCUUCAUGAAGUAUACAUCGUGCACGUAAAAUGAAAUUGAGUGUGUGAAUUGCACGUAGGAACACUUUGCAAAUCAGGCACACUUGAAUAGUGAAACUCAAAGAACUUUUCAUCAAAUUUCAGCAAAGAUAUUUCACUUCUCUGGUUGAUCCAGAAAUAUGUCACUUAGUAAUAAACUCACCUCAUAAACUUUUGAAUUCUAUUUGAUGAAUUCAUUUUAUUUGAUUUGUGUAUUUUUUGAUUGACAUAUUUAUUUAGGAGUGAAUGUUAAGAAAUAUACUAAAAGCCGUAAGUGGUAUGAGGAACGUCAAGCAUUCUUACCAUAUCUCUCUUUAGAUUUUCAUUCCAUAUUUAUAUAAUAAAUGGUUUUUUGUUAAACCAAUUAUAUAUAUAAAACUGAUUAUCAGUAUAUAUCAGUACUUAAUUAUUCAUCAGUACAAACUGUGCCUAUCAGUUUACUUUAUUAUUUAAACUUAAGUAAUUAACAUAAUAUGAAAAUAUAAUACAGUUAUAUUAUUUCAAUUUCAGUGUGCUUAAGUAUUUCCUGACAAAAUUUAACGAUAUCAAUGAAUAUUAUAUUUAUAAUACCUUAUGUUGCAAUAUUGACCUUUAAAUUAUAUAAUAUCUUAAUUUUCUAAUUCCAACAAAGAAACCUUUAUAUUUAUUUGUGUGUGUACUCAAAGAUGCUGCGCACAAAUAUGCAUGGAAAUACAACCCAUUUUGUACUCAAUUGAAUGAUUUGUGAUAAUGAUUUUUAUAUAUCAUUUCUAUAAAGUAAUAUUUUCACACAGUUUAUGAUCUGCCAGCCAAUAACAUUUUACAGAUAGCAUUAAUUUCUACUAUUGUGUGAUUUAAAAGAUUUUACUAUAAGUCAAAGUAUUCAUGAAUUUGGUGAUUCUUUACCAUUUUAUUAGGUUUUUAGUGCAAUUAGAAAAUAUAUUGUAGAUCUAAUAUAUUAAGUUUAAUGAAAAUAUAUAGUUGAAAUCUAUAUACAGGUAGUGAAUAUUUAGUUUUUUUGAAGUGCAAGUUUUAUUUAUGUAAUGACAAGCAAUUUGAAACCAAAAAUGAUGUGAAUUUGCUCAAAUUUACAACUUUACUAUUUAGACUUUUUUAAUUAUUUAAAUCAGUAUUUAUGUUCAUGGUGCUUGUCUGUCUUUCAAGGAAUUUUGUAUAAAUCCCUUUGUAUUACAUUGUCAAAAUUUCAUCUAAUUAAUUGAAUAUUAGUAUAGUAUUUUAAGAUUGGCAGAAACAGGUUGGCUACAUAGUACCUAGCAUGUUGCUAGGAUAUCAUUUCCACUGUAAUAUACACAAGCAUUGACUAAUUAAAGAGUAGAUUGUUUUGCAACUGCAA